AUGGCAAAUUCCGCUGCAUCAAAUACAGAGGCUGAGCGCCCAGUAGAAGAAGAGAAGCGUAUUUCAACGUCGAGGCGCCCUUCCUUACCUCACAACGGUUCUUCGCCUAUUCCUGAAGUGGCACCUGUGGUGGGAGGCGCUGGUUUCGUGUUAGAGCCGUCGGAGAAAGCUGAACACGCUGCUACGGCUUUCAAACAUGCCCAAGAUGGCCAUGUUGUGCCCGAAAAAGAUGGAUCCGCGGGAACUUCUGCGACGAUAGUACAAGAUGGCGAGGCAGAGACUGAAGGAGAGGAGGACGAUGAGAUAGUCUAUCCUGGACAAUUACAACUUGCUUUGCUCACUUUAGGCCUCUGUCUUGCUACGUUCACUGUCGGAAAGGAUAAUACUAUUAUUGCAACCGCAAUUCCCAAGAUUACUUCUGUCUUCGACUCAUUGAACGAUGUUGGUUGGUAUGGAUCUGCCUAUUUACUUACCACAACCGCCUUACAACCCUCCUUUGGACGAAUUUACACCUAUUUCAAUGUCAAAUAUACGUAUAUAACGGCGCUGGUAAUUUUCGAACUUGGCUCGAUCUUAUGUGCAGCAACCAAGAACUCUGAAAUGCUCAUUGUGGGUCGUGCCGUUGCAGGUGCGGGAGCAAGUGCACUAUUCUCUGGUGGUAUGACAAUUGUCGGAUUCAGUGUGCCUCUCGCCAAACGACCAAUUUUCAUCGCAGCUCUAUCUUCUAUGUUCGGCAUUUCAUCCGUUGUAGGACCGUUACUUGGUGGAGCCUUGACCGAUAACGUAUCUUGGAGAUGGUGUUUCUGGAUCAACUUGCCAUUUGGUGCCGUUUCCAUAGCAGUAGUCUGGUUCUUCUUCAAGCCACCACAACGAAAGUCCAGCGGUCUCACGACGAAGCAAAAGAUUUUGGAAAUUGAUUUGCUUGGUGCAGCGUUCUUGAUCUGUGCGAUUGUUUGCUUGCUUCUGGCUUUGCAAUGGGGCGGUUCGACAUAUCCUUGGCACGACUCCAAGGUUUGGGGUUGUUUACUUGGCUUUGGACUUCUGAUCAUCAUCUUUAUUGGCCAGCAGUUCCGGAGAGGCGACAGAGCUACCAUUCCUCCACGAAUAUUUGGUCAAAGGACUGUGCUCUUUGCCAGUUUGUAUUCGUGCUUCCUGUCUAUGGGAUUAUACUCUCACAUCUACUAUCUGCCAUUCUAUUUCCAAGCCGUCAAGGGUACGAGUGCUGAAGGAUCUGGUAUUCGAACAAUCCCAUAUCUAGGCUCUGUUAUCAUUUCAUCGAUUGUCAUUGGAGGCGCCAUCACUGCACUCGGGUGGUACAAGCCAUUUAUGAUCGUUGGUAGUGCAAUCUUCACGGUCGGAGCUGGCUUGAUCUAUACUCUCACUGUCAACUCGUCGGUCGGAAGGUGGGUAGGAUAUCAACUAGUCAGCGGUUUUGGUGCCGGUGGAGGAGUUCAGAUUCCAUUCAUCGCUAUCCAAGUAGUCCUGAGUUCGAAAGACAUGCCCACCGGCAACGCAAUCGCCAUCUUCUUUAACUCUCUCGGAGGUGCCAUUUCCAUAUCCGUCGCUCAGAAUAUCUUCUCCAACGGUCUCAAAACGGAGCUCCCAAAAUACGCCCCAGAUGUUUCCGCCGGAACAGUCAUCAAUGCAGGAGCGACUUAUCUCCGAAGAGUAGUCAGCGUAGCGGAUCUUCCGGGUGUGUUGAAAGCAUAUAUGGCCGCUCUGCAACAGGCAUAUAUUAUUGCUAUUGCAGUCGGUGGAUUGGCGACGAUUUUCGCUUGUUUUGUGGAGUGGAAGAAUGUUAAAGGGAAGAAGCUUACAGCUGUGGCCGCAUAG